AUGGUUACUAUACCUAGUCACGACUGGAUUCAGACAUCACAAAAUAUAACCAUAAUAUUCUACAUUAAAGACAUACUCCCCCAAUCUAUUGUUGUAGACUGUGUAGACUCUAAUUGUAAAAUAUCCUUCAAAUCUGCAGACGUUUUAUAUGAAAAAAAAUUUGAGAAUCUAAAAACGCCAAUCACAUAUUCAACACACAAUCUCACAGCAAAUAAGCUAGAACUAGUUUUCAUCAAGUCAACACUUGGUUACUGGAGCAGUCUGCACAAAUUGGACCCGGCAGAUCAUAAAUCUGCAAACAAAAAUAAAAAAUUCGAAUAUUCUGAUUCAGAACCCGAUAAUAAUACAACUGAUGAAUCUUUUAUGAAAUUGCUGAAAGAUAUAUACAGCAAGGGUGAUGAGAAGACAAAACGAGCUAUGAACAAAUCAUUUCAGACAUCCGGCGGCAGAGUGUUAUCCACAAAUUGGAAUGCAGUAAAGGAUAGCAACCCAUAA